GAGACUUCGUGGCUCAAGCCCAGACCUCGGCCCGAGGCCGACCACGUCUCACACAUCUCAUACCCCACACCUCCUCACAGACCCGCACCCUCCAAUCUGCCAUCCCCUGGCCUGCUGCGCCACGGCGGUGGCGGCACCCGCCUGCUGCCUCGACGGUCUCCGCACGGACGAGAGCUCCGAGCCCGCCGUCUGCGCCGCGCUGCUGGCGAACACCGCCAUGCUGCCCGCGCUGGAGCCAAACGACCCCCAGACGAACCACGAGAUGACCGACCAGACCGCGAGGUACGGUGAUCCCACGUGCGUGGAGGAGACCGUCGACGUGACGCAGGUGUCCAUCAGGUACGAGCUCGACCACGAGGAGCCCCACGACGACGAGGACGACUACGAAGAGAGGCGCGAGGAGGACCCGAACGAGCCCCCGGAGGUGCUCCAACAGGAGAGGAAGCGGGAGGGGGACUCCCAUACGGUCCAGGACAAGGCCCACAAUGAGGGAGAGGAGAUUUGUGAUCCUUUGCGCCAGGCACCUGCACAGGACCCCUCCCGACCCCAGGGAAGGAUAACGUCGUGCGCAGGGGAUCCAAUGGGCCGACUUGAAGGAGACAUGUGCGCAAACCGUAUGAUGCGCUACGCAUUGCCGCCUGGUGGUGAAGUGGCAUGCCUGGCGCGCCUACCACGCGCCAACUACCUUGGAGGAGCUUGCCAAACAUGCUACCGAAUGCGAUGUCAGCAUGACCACUGCCAGGAGAGAGAUCGCGGGGCGUGGCAUUGGGGCCUUUGA